AGUCAUUUGUGUCGCUUGUUUAUAAAGGUAAGCCUCUGCAGUCUGUUUCAUCUUACCCUAACACAUUCUUAACAAAAAAUGCUGGUACCACAAAUAAGAAAGAGGUGGGUAAGAAUGUGUUAGUAUUUGAUCUUGGCGGUGGAACAUUUGAUGUAUCUUUGGUUAGAAUUGGUAAACAGACUUAUGAAGUGAAAGCAGUUAGCGGAGACACCCAUUUAGGUGGUGGGGAUUUUGACAGUAGAAUGGUUGAUUACUUUGUGGCUGAAUUUAAGAGAAAACAUAACAAGGACAUCAGUGAAAGUCGCAAGGCUAUUGGGAGGUUAAGAUCCGCUUGUGAGAGGGCGAAAAGGAUGCUCUCAUCAGCUACCGAGACUAGUAUUGAUGUAGACUGUCUCUAUGAGGGUAUUGAUUUCAAUUCAACUAUCUCCCGUGCCAAGUUCGAAAAGUUGAACAUGGAUUUGUUUACAAAUUGUAUGGUUCCUGUUGUGAAAUGUUUGGAAGAUGCCAAGAUGAAAAAAGAUGAUGUUGAUGUUGUUGUUCUUGUUGGUGGGUCAACUAGGAUUCCAAAGGUACAACAACUGUUGAAAAAAUUCUUUAAUGGGAAGGAGCUCUGCCAAAGCAUUAACCCAGAUGAGGCUGUUGCAUAUGGUGCUGCAAUUCAAGCUGCAAUCUUGAGCAGUGUACACAACAAUAAAGACUUUACACUAGUAGAUGUCACUCCUUUGUCCCUUGGAGUUAAGCUUCAUAGUGGUGAGAUGAAAUUUUUUGUCCUAAGAAAUUCUACCAUCCCAGUGAAAAAGUCGGGUAAUGCCUACACUGCAUUUGAUAAUCAGACAAGCGCUGAAUUUCGUGUAUAUGAGGGUGAAAGACCCAUUGCCGUAGACAACAACUUCUUAGGUACAUUUACUCUGCACAAUAUCCCUCCUGCACUGAAAGGCCAUGAAAAAUUUGAUGUCUGCUUUGAAAUCGAUAAUGAUGGCAUCUUAACGGUGUCAUCGCAGCAUAUAGGGACGACUGGCAACAAGAAGCAAAUCACUAUUACAAAUCACAGUGGUAGGUUAUCCAAAGAGGAGAUUGAUCGAAUGGUAGAGGAGGCUAAGAAGUACAAGGCAGAGGAUGAGGAGUGCAAAAAAGCUAUAAAAGCCAAGCUUGCAUUGCAGAACUAUGCUGAAAGUAUGCGGGACAUGGUAGGAGUUUGAUGGAAGAAGUUUCGGGAGGAGGAUGCUAACAAGAUGAAUGAUGCAAUUGAAAAGACUACUCAGUGGCUAGAUACUCAGUGGCUCAAUUGGAAUUUCAAUCUCACUCAAGUUUCUGAGUAUGAGGAAAAGUUAAACGAGCUGAAGAGUAUUCUUGACCCUAUCAUUGCAGAAAUGCCUUAACGAAGGUCUGCUACCAGAGAUAUUGUCGUCGACCCCCAAUAAUCUAUACGACAUGGCUACAGAAUGAUGUUAUUAGUUGUGCUUGAAUUCUGAAGGAUGCUUUGGGGUUUUGAAUUUAUUUUAGUCAGGAAUUGGGUUUUGAUGGUAUGGUGAGAAAGGAUAUUGAUCAUUUGAUCUGUUUUGUUUAUACUAC